AUGAGUGCUUUGAAAGCAAUCGUUACUUUAGACACAGGUGAUAAACCUGAAUACAUUCAUAUUUAUGAAGGAGAUGAUAUUGAGAUGCUUGCAGAAUUCUUUUGUGAUAGACACAAUAUUCAAGAGGAUGGCAAAUAAUUUAUAAUUGAUCAUAUAAAAGAUCAACUAAAAUUAUAAGAAAAGCAAAUUAGAUAGAAAUUUGUACCUUAAACAAAUUCAUUGAAAUAAUGUUAAUCAUAAGCUAUUAUUUAUAAACCUGCAUAAGUUAGUAAAUAAUUUAAGCAAUUAAUUUAGAAAAAAAUGAUUAUGAAGAAUUACAUAAUACAGUUUGGGCUUAGAUUUAAAAGAAACCAUCAACUACAUAAUUACAUUAGCGAAAUACUAGCAAUUUUAUAAGUUAAGGUUAAAAAUCAUAGGGAAAUUUAUUAUUAAAAAAAAAUGAAUUGAAGAAUGCCAAAUGUAUAACUGAUAUAGAAUAAAAUAAAGAUUGUAAAUAAUAACCUAAGAGAUCAAGAUAAGAAUAAAUUGAUUUUGCUAAUAGAUUGAUAUCCUAAAAAAAUGUAUCAGAAAAAAGAUUAUAGAAAUUAAGAAUAGAAUCAAAUUCACCUAUUAGUCAUGAUUUUAGACCAAAAGUAACAAAAGAUAAUAUCUAUAAAAAAGUAAGCAAAAAAAUUGAUUAAGAAGAUUAUGAAUUAGCAUAAAUGAUAGGAAUACCUUAAAGAAAAAAGAUUUUUGAGUUUGCAUAAUAAAAGAUAAAAUAUAAAUAGGAUCAAGAUAUUUUGAAGAGAAUAUUUAAUCAACUUGAUAAUGAUAAAGAUGGUUAAAUAUCAACUAAUUUUAUAAAUUUAGAUAUUGAUCAUUAAAUUUUAGAAAAAAUCAAACCAGUUUUAUGUCAUAUGGAAGCUUAACAUUUAAUAUUAGAUUUUGAUUCAUUUUCUAAUUUAAUGAAAUCUUUUUAAAUUUUGAUUUAUUGA